UUUCUGCCAUGACUUGGUCCGAUUCUGAUUAGUUCAAAGUCCGUCCUUGCUGGAGAAAGAUAAUUGGAAGCGAAGGGCUGCCACCGUUGGCCUCGUGCUUCAGCUCGGGAUUUCAGUUUAUGAGAAUAGGUAGUGCCUACGUGCAUCAGCAUAAGUUCUGUGUGAAUCAAGUGGAGCUUUUCUUAGGAGCUGCUUGGCUUCGUUUGGGCUGGACACAUUAAGCUAUGCCUGUCCCAUCCUCCACAAUGGUGAAGGAGACUGGCUAUUACGACGUGCUGGGGGUGAAACCCUCCGCCACGGCCGAUGAGCUGAAGAAGGCCUACCGCAAGCUGGCGCUCAAGUACCACCCGGACAAGAACCCGUCCGAGGGCGAGCGCUUCAAGGCGAUUUCGCAGGCGUACGAGGUGCUUUCUGACGAGAAGAAGCGGCAGAUCUAUGAUGAGGGUGGCGAACAGGCCAUCAAGGAGGGCGGAUCGGGCGGCGGUGGCGGCGGUUUCCACUCGCCCAUGGACAUCUUCGACAUGUUCUUCGGCGGCGGAGGACACCGCAAGGAGCGCGAGCGCAGGGGUAAGAACGUGGUCCACCAACUGCCCGUCACCCUGGAGGAGAUGUACAACGGCGCCACGCGCAAGCUCUCCCUGCAGAAGAACGUCAUCUGCGAGCGCUGCGAGGGCCGCGGCGGCAAGAAGGGCGCCGUUGAGACGUGCCCCAACUGCCGCGGAUCAGGGAUGCAGAUCCGCGUACAGCAGCUGGGGCCCGGCUUCGUGCAGCAGAUCCAGUCCAUGUGCGACGAGUGCCGCGGCCAGGGCGAGCGCAUCAACCCGCGCGACAGGUGCAAACACUGCAACGGCAAAAAGGUGGUUCGGACCAAAAAGAUUCUGGAGGUACACAUUGACAAGGGUAUGACGGACGACCAGCGGAUCACAUUCAGCGGCGAGGGCGACCAGGAGCCGGGCCUCGAGCCCGGAGACAUCAUCAUUGUGCUCGACGAGCGCGAGCACGAGACCUUCAAGCGGGACGGCGACGACCUCAUCAUGAAGAUGGAAAUCGAGCUGGUGGAGGCGCUGUGCGGCUUCCAGAAGACCAUCACCACGCUGGACAAACGCUCACUGCUGCUCACCUGCAUACCAGGCGAGGUCAUCAAGCACGGCGUCAUCAAGUGCAUCCUGAACGAGGGCAUGCCGCACUACCGGAAUCCGUUCGAGAAGGGCCGCCUGAUCGUGCAGUUCCUGGUCAACUUCCCCGAGCGGCUCGACCCGGCCAACGUGGCGCAGCUGGAGAAACUGCUGCCGCCCAGGCCGUUCCUGCCGGUGCCCGAGGACGCCGAGAUGGUGCAGCUGGCCGACCUGGACCCGCGCCAGGAGAGCCGCCGCCACCACCAGGCGCACGGCGCCGUCUACGACGAGGACGACAUGCACGGCGGCCGCGGCCCCGGCGGCCCCGUCCAAUGUCAGACCCACUAGGAGAGCCGCGCCGCAGCCGAGCGGUCGGACGGACGGACAGACCUGCCGGCUGUGCCGCGUCGCAGCGAGCGCGGUGUGACUGUGCUUCGAGUGAGUGUUCAUAAGUGUCCUAGGUCGAGCGUCGCGUCGCACCCCGCCCGCCGCCGCCGCCGCUGUGGGCAGCCCGGGCGACAGGAGAGUACGGCUGGCCGGCCCAGUCCGCUGACGACGGCAGGGAAGUGUGUGAUACGGGGAGGCUGGCCGGCGCCGGGAGGACCGCGGAUGGACGUACAGAGGGCGGCAGCGGUCCGCCGCCGGUGCCGCUAGUGAUGGACGCUGGGUGACGGCGCCACUGACCGGCGGGCCCCGGGGGAGGGAGACGGGGAGGCACCGGCCGGACUGAGAGCGGUACAGGGAGGCACCGGCCGGAAUCUGAGAGCGGUACAGGGAGGCACCGGCCGGAAUCUGAGAGCGGUACAGGGAGGCACCGGCCGGACUGAGAGCGGUACAGGGAGGCACCGGCCGGAAUCUGAGAGCGGUACAGGGAGGCACCGGCCGGAAUCUGAGAGCGGUACAGGGAGGCACCGGCCGGAAUCUGAGAGCGGUACAGGGAGGCACCGGCCGGAAUCUGAGAGCGGUACAGGGAGGUACCGGCCGGACUGAGAGCGGUACAGGGAGGUACCGGCCGGAAUCUGAGAGCGAUUUAUGCGGUGGAGGCGAGCUACAGCCUGGAAUGCCGGAAAAGACGGAGCUGUGAACUCGACAGAUGAUCGGAGGGCAUUGGGACGAUGGACGGUCGUGAUUCGACUACCUCGCCUCUACCUGAAUAGGUAGCUGGUGACUGACUUGGUGUUUGAAGGAGACUGAAGAGAUCACGGCGGUGAACUAGGAGCGCGUGGGAGACAUAGAUCAAGGCCGGGAAACCCGGAUGAGCGAUGCUGUGUUAUGUGACUAGUGUGAUCUGGAAAAUGAAAUGAAACAUCGAUAUGUCUCUACGGCAUCUGUUUGAUUUGUGGAGUUUGAUUCGAAUCAGGAGCCCUGGUGAAUGUACCAAUGUGGGAUGAGAGAUUGCAAUUACCGGCGACAUAAAGCACGGCAAGCACCAACUCAAACGUUUGAGUGUAGUUAUACAGGCACCCAUGACCGGCAUCGCACAUAUGCGAAUAGUGUGAAAUGCGACUUGGUGUGCUGUGUGAAUGUGUGGUGGCGAAAUUGUGGUGUUGUGUCCAGGCGUAACUGGACAGUUUGAAUGAGUGGCUGGUCGCGAGACUGAGUGAGAUAGUUGGAAUGAGACGGCGACUGAGAGUGGUCGGGACUGACGCUGUUAACCACUGGGUAGACUGAUGUGUGCUUGUGGGAUAACGUUUGCGUAGUAUCUUAGGCUUGUUUUUUUUUUUUGCGUGUGAGUUCUUUCAUGCUUAUCUCAUUGUGUGGCCACGUAUUCCAGUGUGUGUUAGGAGUGCUGAUUGGUUGCGCGUUGUAUCAUACCUUAGGUCCGAAUGUGAUGUGAGGGAUGGGAGUGUCAUCUCGGCGCUGGCUGAGGGCGAUGCAGCUGACCUCCCCCGGGCUCUGCGGCGGCGGCGGCGGGCUGGGCCCUCCCCACACCCGCCUGAGGCGGUCCGGGCCGGUCGGCGGCGGCCACAUCAGCUUUACCUCUCCCGGGAGUCGCCGCGGUCCGCCCCGUGGGCUGCGUGUCCCCGCGGCAGGCUUCUGGACCGUGCGGUGCCUGGGACAGACUCUGUGCGGCACUCGCCGGGCGGGGUGGUGACGCGCUCGGCCGGUCAGCGGGGAGAUGUGUGUUCCGCCGGGUGUGAGGCUGGGUCCCGCCGCUGACCGGCUGAUCAGACUGGCACCGUACCCCCGCUCCGGUGGACGCCGCUGGUCGGUUCGGCGCCGGCGUUUCGGGUUUCUCUGUUCAUGUCGCUAGGUUGUAUUACAUUCUCGACUGGUAGGUUCUGUCCGAUUUAUUCGAGCUGAUUAUGUGUAUUGCAUAUUGUCAUGUGAACAAUAAACUGGAUGGUAGAA